AUAUAUGCAGAUGCAAAUUUCACUACAAAUGGUGACCUUAACACGGUCGUAGAUUGGGUCCCUGCAAUGAAGGGCAGUUGCCAAUUGAAGGACAUCCCAAGUUUUAUAAGAACCACUAAUCCUGAUGAUUUUCUGCUCAAUUAUGUCCAACGAAUGGUACUCAAGUUGAAACAAGCCUCGGCGAUCCUCUUAAACUCUUUCGAUGCCUUGGAGCACGAUGUCCUCGAAGCUCUUUCCUCUGAUUUCCCAACCCUUUACACUCUCGGCCCGUUGCAGCUCCUACAUGAUUCAAUUAAAGGUGGAAACGACGAGGAAGUUAAAACGAUUAGCACAAGUUUAUGGAAAGAGGACGCACGUUGCCUCGAAUGGCUUGAUUCGUAUGAGCCUAACUCUGUUGUUUAUGUCAAUUUUGGAAGCAUUACUGUUAUUACUAAUGAUCAAUUGAUGGAGUUUGCAUGGGGACUUGCUAAUAGCAACCAACCCUUUCUUUGGAUUGCGCGACCUGAUUUAGUCACUGGUGAUUCGGCUAAUCUCCCAUUGGAGUUUCUAGAGGAGACGAAAGGAAGAGGACUUAUUGCUAGUUGGUGUAACCAAAAGCAAGUGUUGGCUCAUCCUGCGGUUGGAGGGUUUUUGACUCAUUGUGGUUGGAACUCGACAAUUGAAACUUUGAUUAGUGGGGUGCCUAUUAUUUGUUGGCCUUUCUUCGCGGAGCAACAAACUAAUUGUUGGUUUUCUUGCCACAAGUGGGGGAUUGGGAUGGAGAUCGAUACGAAUGUGAAGAGGGGUGAAGUUGAGAGGCAAGUGAGAGAGUUAUUGGCAGGAGAGAAAGGGAAGGACAUGAAGAGAAAUGCUAUUGAAUGGAAAAGGUUGGCUAAUGAGGCUGUUGCUACUCCAAAUGGGUCUUCUUACAACAAUUUGGACAAGGUCAUCAAAAUGCUAGGGUCCCUUAAAUGAAAAUUUAAUCUAAGAUCUAGUUAAGUGGCUUGUUGGAAGUGAUUUGUGUGAUUCAAAUGGCUCUUAAGAAUGCAAGUAUUUUUUUUUUUUUAAUUAUCUUUCUUCCAAUUGUUUGACUUUGUGCGUUGCCCAAGGAGUUAUUUACAUGGAUUUGUAAAAUAUUGUUAUUUUCCUUGUCCCUAUUAAGAAAUGUUAUCAAUACUUGAUCUAUCUUAAGAUAUUUAAUUUGCACCACUUUAUGUCAUCUAAAAUACUUCUUUUGUUUUUUUUUUUAAUUAUUGCACCAUAUAGGUUGAGCACGAUAAUUUUGGUAGUGGGAAAAAGUAAGAGAGAGGAAGAUAAA